UCCCCCCGCCUCUCUCUCUGUCUCUCUCUCUCUCUCUGUCUCAUGAGAGGGUCGUGAAUAGCUUCUGAAACAGAGCCCACUGGAGCGUAACAGGGAAAUGUGAAAGACGGCGUGGACAGAGGGGGGGUUAGUGCGAGUAAUGUGAUACGGUGUCAGUGAGAGAAAUGUGCUCAUCUGCAAAGUUAUGAAGUGAAAGAAACAAAGCGAGAAAGAGUGACGAGAGAGAGACAACGCCACACGGAUAAGAGAGAGAGAGAGAGAGAGCGAGAGAGAGAGAGGGAGAGGGAGGGGAUUCAAGUGGGCGAGCGAGGCGUGCUCAGAGUGAGAGUGAAUCGGAGGAGGGAAGCAGAAGCUGGUGAAGGUUCACAGUUACUUUCCUGACACACACACACACGAUAUUUUCUUCCUUUUUCAGUUCUGAGGAUUUGAUCAACGUGGGACUUCAGGAAGUCUGGACAUUAAAAACAACCUUUGCUGUGUGGAUGUAAACUCUCAUUUCAACGAUCUAUAGCUACAGAACGAACUUUCACAGUUUACAGCUGAGUCACCGUUUAGGUCAAAAGUCAUCGACUACUCACGGAUUAUUUGUUUCUGACAUCAUGGCGCCAAAGAAGGAGCUGCUUAUCUUCGGUUUGCUUUGUUUGCUGCACACUUGCGUCUCUGACUGUCAGCUGGGUUUCAUCUAUGAAGAUCGUCAGUGUGUGGAUGAGAACGAGUGCUCAGAAAACACAGAUCAAUGUGGGAAACACACAAAGUGUUUCAACACUCUGGGAAGCUUCUACUGUCAGUGUUUGGAGGGAUACAAGAACACGGGACUCAGCGGGCAGUGCCAAGAUAUCAACGAGUGCCUCGAUACUAACAAAUGUGGUCCAGGUGCGUACUGCAGGAACACGAUUGGGGGCUACAACUGCACCUGCCGUCCUGGUUACAGCAGAUACUCGAGCAGCGCUGGAAGCUGCGUGGAUAUUAACGAGUGCAAUGAAACUGAGAGGAGAGGAGAAAUCAUCUGUGGAGCAGAGGGGACCUGCAAGAACACCGAGGGGAGCUUCUGGUGCAAGUGUCCCAAAGGAUUCACCAACUAUAACAACGAGAGGACGCCGUGCUCAGAGCUGGACUGUGACACCUUCAGUCCCGACAGUACGACCUCACACGCUCAGUCGCUCGGAGGCCUGGCUGACAUUUUGUCCAUGAUGAGGAACAGCUGUUUGGCUCUUUCCAACUCGACUACUGCGAGUGGAGGGAAGGCUGACGGAGAGGAGCUGCUGCAGAAACUCUUCACAGCGACUGACGCCAUCUUGUCUCCUCAUCACCUGGACAGCAGCGAGGCCGUGAGUGGGCUGCUCGACGCGGUGGAGAACUCCGUCAGGGUCAUCGGUCCACAGCUCAAAGGAAACCACACUAAGAUAGAGACCAGCAUGACAGAGGUGGAGGUCGCGGUGCAAAGAGGACAGACUCCACCCACGGGAUCCAUCCAUCUGACCAAUGAGAACACUCGUCUAGACACUGACUGGAUGACAGCAGCAGGGACAGGAUCGUACCCUGGUUACGCUAUGGCGGCGCUGUUGACCUAUAAGAACCUUGAGAAGACCAUAAACGGGUCCUUUGAGAAGCUCUCAGGAUAUGAAAAAGACGGUGUGGAUCCCUCCUUUCAGAUCUUCUCCAGAGUCGUCUCAGUUGUUGUGUCUAACCCCGACCCCCAGAAUCUGAGCAGCCCAGUCAACAUCACCCUGAGACAUCUGGACACAGAAAAGUCUCCUGAUGUCAGCUUCAUCUGUGCGUUCUGGACUGAGGGAGGAGCCUGGUCCACACAUGGUUGCUAUCAGCAGCAGUCGAACAGCACACACACAGUGUGUUCAUGUGAACAUCUGAGCAGCUUCGCGGUGCUAAUGGCACGCUAUGAUAUGAAGCACACCUUCGGGCUCCUCCUGAUCACUAAGGUGGGACUGACCGUGUCCCUGCUGAGUCUCCUCCUCUGCAUCCUCACCUUCAAGUUCUGCCGCUCCAUACAAGGGACUCGAACCACCAUCCACCUGCACCUGUGUGUCUGCCUCUUCAUGGCCGACCUCGUCUUUCUGGCGGGCAUCUCACAAACCAAACCUGAGGGUGGCUGCAGGUUGGUUGCAGCCAUGCUUCAUUUCUUCUUCCUGGGAGUGUUUACCUGGAUGCUGUUAGAGGGGGUGCAGCUGUACCGUAUGGUGGUCCUGGUGUUCAACGCCACCAUCCGGCCCCUCUACUUAUUCAUGGCUGGUUACGGGGCCCCUCUGGUGAUCCUCAUCCUGUCAGCCAUCAUUCGGCCUGCGGGAUACGGCACUGACCAGCACUGCUGGCUGUCUCUGAGUGACGGCCUCAUCUGGAGCUUCUUCGGCCCCGUGUGCCUCAUCAUCAUCCUCAACAUCUUCUUCUUCAUCAUCACCGUCUGGAAGCUCGCUCAGAAGUUCUCCAGCCUCAACCCUGACCUCUCCAAGCUGCACAAAGUCAGAGCAUUCACAGUGACCGCGAUCGCCCAGAUGUGCAUACUGGGUCUGAUGUGGGUCUUCGGGGCCUUCCUGUUUGAAGAGGGCCCCAUAGUGGUAGCUUAUGUCUUCACUAUCCUGAACAGCCUGCAGGGGGCGCUGGUCUUCAUUAUGCAUUGUCUGCUGUCUAAACAGGUGAGAGAGGAGUACGCCCAUUUCCUGUCCUGUAUCUGCACAUCACAGAAGAAGAGAUACUCAGACUUCAGCAGUACAAAUCCGUCCAGUAGUCAGUCACAGGCUUCUGGCAGUGGGCAGCACACAGGAGAGUCCCAAAUCUGAAGCUCUUCUCCCCACCGAAGAGCCCUUUAACCUUCCUGGGCUCAGUUAGCCUCCAUCUUUAAAUUCAUGUCCCUUCAGAGGGAAAGACAAGAAAUCAGUUUAAAGUUUUGUUGUCACUUUAAAGCUACAAAUGAAAUUAAGAAUGUUUGACAGCUCAAAAACCAUGAAGCUAAAUCCUCCAAAGUUGUCGACGAUUGAGGUGCUUGAUGGGAAACAGUUCGUUAAAUGUGUUUCUCACUGAUAGAGUCCUGAAGGGUUAAUACACCUCUUGAAGUAAAAUAACUUUAUGGGUUAUGGGCGCAGACAACAAGUCGCACACGUCUCAUAGCACCUCGUCAAGUGAAAUAUUUCAUGUUUGUUUUUGGUUCAUUCAAAUCAUAUCUGUGUCUGAUCAGACUUAAAGCUGUUUAUUUGCACUU